AGGUCCUUGCAAGGUUGAGCAAUGGGAUACCCGAAUUGAUGACUUUCCAGCACCAGACUACUGUUACCAGAUGUUGGAUUUAGGCUCUUGUAAUGCUAAUCUUCAGAGGUUUUAUUACGAUGCCAGAGAAAAGACUUGCAAACAGUUUACCUUCGGUGGUUGCAAUGGAAACAAUAACAAUUUCAUGUCCAAUUCAGAAUGCCAGAAGAAAUGUGCUAUUGCAUCUAACAAAGAUCCAGUAUGCAUGACAACAGCAAAAUGUGGGCUUUUCUGUUCCCCAUGUUGUACAGAAGAUGCAAAUGGGUGCGUACACUGCAACUGUGAACUCAUUGUUGAAAGUGAAGAUAACCCUCUAAAUUGUGUCAGUUCGCCUUCUAAAUGUCCAGAGGAAUGCGAUUUGGAAAAUAUUUAUCAAGGAUGUCACGUGUGCAGAUGCGGUGAAGUAAAUAGAAACGAUGAUUUUGGGAUUUGUAACGAAGUGAAAGAUCCAGGGACAUGCAAUGACGGAAUCGAAAGAUAUUACUUCGAUGCUGUUUAUCAAAAAUGCGAGCAAUUCACAUAUCGUGGAUGUGGAGGAAAUAAUAAUAACUUUCAAACUUUACAAGAAUGUAGAGAAAAAUGUUUAAAACCUGAAAGAGAUCAUACUGUUGUGAUGAAAUCACCAGUGGAUGAGAAUGAUCCGAACAGCUCACAUAGAUCGAGUACAUCUGUACUGCUGACUACCUUACUCAUUCUGUUAGUCAACAUUUAUUGUUUAGAUUUCAUUCACCAUUAACAUGCUUUAGAACAAAAUUAUAAAGAAUUAAAGACACAUUUCAUGAAAAGAAAUAGGGCAUGUCUUUUUAAAGUUUUAAAUCAUUUUGCAGCAACAAAUAUUUCAUUUCGGCAACAAAUAUUUGCAAUAUUUCAUUUUUAUUUUCUUUUGAUGUGUACCACAUACUGUUGAUCUUCAUAUUAAGCAUUUGUAUUUAUAAAUGAAGUUUAAAUAAAUAUAAAUUUAAAA